AUUUGAUGUUUAUUCAUAUACCAGGAAAAGACUUGUUUGUCAGCGAACCUGAUCCAAGAUAUUUUGGUAAUCCAAAAAAUGAUGACCCAAAAGUUAAUUGGUUAAAGAGUAGAUUUCACUUUAGUUUUGCAGGUAUUAAUUGUAAAAAUAAAAAAGAAUACAAUGAUCCUUAAAAUUAAUAAUUUGGAGUAUUGAGAGUAAUGAAUGAUGAUUUAGUAUAACCAAAUAGAGGAUUUGGAGAACAUCCACAUUAAAAUAUGGAGAUUGUUAGCUACAUUGUAUAAGGAGAAUUAACUCAUGGAGAUUCAAAAGGAAAUAAAGAAUCACUUGGAAGAGGAUCAGCAUAAUAUAUGAGUGCAGGAUCAGGAGUUUAUCAUUCUGAAUUUAAUUUAUCAAAGAAAGAAGUAUGUCGAUUUAUUUAAAUUUGGAUAAAACCAAGACAAAUUAAUACAAAAGUUUAAUAUAAGAGUUAUCGUGGCUAAAAUGGUUAAGCAGAUAAUAAAUGGUUCCAUAUGGUUGGAGAUAUGUAAGAAAAUUCAUAAGCACCAGCUAAAAUAAACUAAGAUGCUAAUAUUUGGGUUAAUGAAUUUACUACAGAAUAAAGAUUUGAAGUAUAAUCUAUAUUAUAUAUUAUAAUAGAUAAAAGAAGGUAGAUAAGCUUAUCUUUUAUGCGUUGAAGGAUCUUUUGAAUUGAACAUUGAUUCAUGUUUACCUUUAUAAGAUGUCAAAAGUUAGUUAAUCAAUUAACAUGAUGGAGUAAAGAUAUUCAAAAGUAUCAUUCUCAAACCAAAAGGCAAAGCUCAUGUCUUAUUGAUUGAGAUGAAAAAGUGAUUAAUCAUCACUUAAAUGAUAUAUAAUAUAA